AUGUUCUACCAUUUUCAGAUCACUCUACCCCUACUUGCCGCCAUCGAUCAAAAAGAACAAAAAACGAUGUGUUUGGGAUACCAAUCCGUACACGAGAUUCCAUUCAAUUCAAUUCGUCGCUGGCAGCUUGUCGUGUGCCGAUGUCUCGCCGAUCUACAACCAGCGGAAGAUUUGCCCGAGCCAGAAGAAAAAGAAACACGUUAUGUUGUGAUGGUGAAAGGCGCUCCUGAAGUGAUUCUGGGCAUGUGUAAAAGAGCGCGAAUUCAAAAAGAAAUUGUUGCAGUUGAUGAGAAAUUCAGACAAGACUGUCAAGCAGCCUGGGAAUCUUUGGGAAAUGCAGGCCGACGUGUUAUUGCUUUUGCACAUGCACAUUUUAACGCUUCUAUGAACGCGAAGUUUGGUUCCGGUCCCAAAGAAGUUCGUUGGCCGGACGAUUUGAUUUUCUUGGGAAUGGCUGCCAUUAUGGAUCCACCAAGGUAA